AUGGCGGAUGUGCUAUCCCGCGCCUGGGCCCAAGUAAGGUGGGAAGAAGACGUCGUGAGCAGGGCCAAGGUCUCCUCCAAAUACGAUCAGAAGUCCUCCAGGCCUUCGAAGGACGAGCGUGAGGAAACCAUCCGACCCCGACCUUCCCGAGAAUCCACCAACCAGAGCAGGGGCAGAUACCAGCAUCGCCCUCUACCUCGAUCCAAAGGAAUGAUGGUUUCUACUUGGCCCAGCAUCUCCCACCUCGCGAUAUCCAAACCAGAGCUCAUCAGAGUCUUGAGACAGAUGGGCCCACAGGUUAAGUGGCCACCUAAAAUGAGGUCCCCUGAUGCUACCCGGAACCCUAAAAGAUGGUGUGGGUUCCACAGCGAUCACGGUCACACCACUGAAGACUGUAUAGCCUUGAGGCUGGAAGUGGCCGAGCUUCUUAAGAAAGGUUACUUAAGGGAGUUCCUCUCGGACAAAGCAAAGGAUCUCCUCAACAGAGAGGGUCCCGCUCUCCCCAACGACGCUGUCCCUGCAUUACCUCCGCCACAAGAACGAGUGAUCCACGUCAUCUCGGGAGGAUCAGAAGUAAGCGGAAUCAGCAGCGCCGCAGCCAAAAGGAGUACUCGUAAUGCUAGGAAUGGUCAAGAGACCGAGGUUCCCAAGCACCCACUCUUGGAGACGGAUGAGAUCAGUUUUACUGCGAGGGAGCAGGAACGGGUCCUUGCUCCCCAUCAUGACGCCCUCGUCAUUUCGCUAGUUAUAGCCAAUUGCUUGGUUAAGCGGAUACUGGUGGACAACGGCAGCUCCAGCAACAUCAUCUUCCAUUCGGCCUAUAUGGACUUAGGGCUAGACCCUAAGACACUAACCAGGAAAGCGACCCCGCUCGUGGGAUUCAGCGGAGAGGUGAAGCAAACCGAAGGAGAAGUCCUUCUCCCAGUCUACACCGAGGGGAUAAAUCAGACCACCAAGUUCUUGGUCGUCGACUGUCCGUCAUCUUACAACGUGAUACUAGGGAGACCCUGGAUCCACGACAUGGGAGCCGUGCCAUCAACCCUUCACCAAUUAGUGAAAUUUCCUACUCCCUGGGGCGUGAAGGUCAUCAGAGGGGAUCAAGAGAAUUCCAGAUCCUGCUACCAAACUACCUUGUAG